CUCGGAUUUCUCUUUUUAAAAAAGAAGUCACUAUUUCUUGACUUGACAGGACUGAACGUCUUUCUUUUCUUUUCUUUUCUCUUUAUUAUUUAUUAUUUUAUUUAUUUUCUUCCAUUUUUCAAGUUUAUUUUUUCUAACAUUUUCAAAUAUCAAAUAAUGGCACAAAAGCCGCAGUUGCCAGCAGGGCAAACAUACACCAACAACUACAGCUUCUACGGGAUGCAGAAUGUUGACACCAUUGUGGACAACGUUCCUGACGUUGUGUCAAUGGUAAACGUUAGCGAAGGACCGGCCAAGCAGCAGCAGCGCAACUUUGAUACGGAGAAUCCUGGAAAUGCGCUGGUUAAGGGCCCGAAUAACGGCGAGCGCAGCGGGCCGUUUGCGCCUGGCGGAUUUCCACAAUAUAAUGGACCGCAGCAGGGCCCGCUUCAACAGCAACAAUUUGCACAGCCACAGCAACAGCAGCAAGGCCCAUCAAUGCCUCAGCAACAAGGUCCACAAAUGUCUCACCAACAACAGGCACAGCCACAACAACAGCAGCAAGACCCACCGAUGUCUCAGCAACAGCAGCUACAGGGGCCUCCUACGUCUCAGCAGCAUCAUCAACAGCAAAGACCGCCAAUGCAACAACAGCAGCCUCUGCCAAUGCAACAACAACAGCAGCCUCCGCCAAUGCAACAACAACAGCAGCCUCCGCCAAUGCAACAGCAGAAAUAUCAGCCUCCCCCCUAUGCAUCCUAUGCGGGAAAUGCUGGACCGUUACGCCCACAGCCGGGCUCCGAAAUAAGCGAUUACGAGUCGUACACUGCAGCGUCGGGGAUUAAACGCCCGGGGACAGCGUACCCGGGCAAGCAGCGGCCAUCGGUGCAAUCGCCCAUACAAUCGGGUAUGCGUCCACCAAUACAACCACCGAUGCAGCCACCAAUGCAGCCACCGAUGCAACCGCAAUAUCAGCAGCAGCAAAUUCCACCCCAGGGCUACCAGGGCCUGCCGCCCACUAAUCAAAGUGGCCAGCAACAGCCGCUCCGUCCAGCACUUCGACCUGCCAUUCGUCCAGGCACAGGGCGUCCACCGCCACAAACCAGUAAUUAUUACAGCGAUUACUCCAGUGACAGCUCAUCCUACCGCCCACCACCUCAGCAAGGCAAGAAACCUGUCCAGCCCAAACCUGGGUUUCUCAGUGGGCUCAAGGGAAGUAUCAAUACUUCUGACCUUCUUCAGCUGAUCCCUAUUGCCGGCGUUUUGGGCGCAACCAUAUACCAUCACCUCAAGCACCAUGGCACUGAAAAUAAUGUGCCAUAUCAGGAGCCGGCCUGGCUCAAACAGCUGAAAAAUAUGGCGUUUGCGCAUAACGCGUACGGUAUGAUGAAUGGAAGUCGACCGGGCGGCGCCAUGGGCGGAAUGGGAAUGGGAGGCGGUAUGGGCGGUGGAGCUGGAGCUGGCCAGAACGGCUCCAACAUUCCUUGGGCUGCUAUUUUAACCGCUGUUGCUGGACUUGCCAUGAGUGCAAACCGUCCAGGAGGCGGUAGCAGCAUGGGCGGUAUGGGUGGUGGCGGCGGAAUAGGAGGUGGCAUGGGCGGAUAUGGCCAGCAGCCGAUUGGUCGCCCAGGGACCAACCCCGGGGGCCAGGGCUUUGCUGCACGCCCGAACGGCCAAAUGGGCGGCAAUAACGGCGGCAUGUUUGGAAAUGUCGCCAACGUUGACAUGAUUACCAAAGUGUUAGGCAACAUCAUGAGCAGCCUGUUCAAGGGCCGCGCUGGUGGCAACGGCGCCGGCGCCGGUGGCACACGCGACCUGGAGUCCAGCGUGCUAUCAGGCGCACUCAGCAAAUUUGAUGAUAGCUCCGCUGUGCAGGAGGUGGUGGCCAAGCACUACUACCGUCACGUCUACCACAAGAACUUGGAUCUCCGGCAGGCCACUGGCCAUACUCUCGCUGGUGCCGCGGCUAUCAAGAUAUUGCGCAGCGAGGCCGAACUCGAGCACCAGUUCACGAGCAUGCGCUCUCAGAUGCCCGCGGACAUAACCCUGGACCAGUUGCUCAUGGGUGCUGUGAUGUCCGAGGCCGGAGAACUGCUGAAACGCAAAUCAGCGCUGUGCCCGUUAGGGCCCGGGGAAAACCUGGAGAAUGUGGGCAAGAUUGCUCUAGCCACUGUCGUCAAGAUCAAGAUGGACGAGGAGAGGAAUGGGCAGCCGGACCGUGUAUUCAAGUCCGGUUCGGAUGCCCAACUUGAUGGUCGGGCACGCAAACACCAGAGUAUGAGGCAUAGUGGCUCCGGGCGCGACAGUGAGUACGACAGCCGCGAGCGCACGGAGCGUCGUAGCAGCCAGGACUACAGCUAUGGUGGCGAUGACAACGGCCGCUACUGCAGCCAAAGCCACAGCUACUUCCAGGCCAGUGACUACUGCAAGGACCCUUACAAGAACUAAGCACUAGGCGCUUUACAAUUGUUUUAUAUUAGUAACA